AGGAGGAGGAGCAGAGUCUUCCGCGCAAAUCACAGGGACGCCGCUUACCAGGGUGCACCCUGACACCGGAGGGUGAAGGCGGACUCCCGUGGCACCCACUCGCCACCGCCACCUCACGCCACUUCGCUUAUAAACCGCUGUCCCGCCGAAAGAGGGCGGGAGAGGGAGCCAUGGCCAGGCCAACCAUCAUCCCCACCAGCGUCAGGGCAACCGCGCCAGAGGCCUUCAUGGUGCUCCACCUGAGAAUGAGGGUGGUGGAAGAGCAAACCAACACGCUGGUGCGAGACCUGGAGGCGCUUGGCGUCGAUGGGCAGAGCCUUGAUCAUUUCCACUCAAAGACCUCAGAAACACCUGCUAGUCACCCAGCCAUUAGCCCUGUGCAGGCCAGGGUAGCGUUUGUGGGAGAAAAUACGCUGUGGAGAAACUGUGAAACACUGGUGAAUCGAAUGUGUCGGUUAGAGAGUGUUGUACAGACACUGAAAUUAAACAUCUUCCGUCUGCAGACAGAAAAGGAAAUGAAUCCAAAGCAUGCAGCCCAGUUGGAGCAGCGCCUGAAUGCAAUCCAUGAGGAGCAUUUGCAAGAAAUGAAGAUUGUACAGCAAGAAGCAAUGAAGUUGCGCCAACACCUAAGUGAUAUGAAAGAGGCUGAAGAAAAGGCAAAAGAAGAAGUUCAGAGACUGAGCACUGCUCUGGAGAUUGCAACUGCAUCCAAGAUGGAUGCAGCGAUUGCAGCUAAGGAGCUGAGGAACACAAAACAGAAAAUUAACUGUAGACUUCAGGAGCUAACAGAACAGCUGUCCCAGGAGAUCAGCCUGCGGGAGUCUUUGGAGGAGUCCCAAGCAACUGUGAUGUGUCAUGUACAGGACAUGGAAACAACAGUAGAAGCAGAACGGAAGCAGGUACAGCUGUUACAGCAGGACUGCCAGGAUUUGCGUAAAGAUGUCCAGCUCGCCCAAGUUAAGCUGCAAGAGGAGGAGGAAAGAGCUGCCCAACUGGAGCAACAGUGCACGCAGCUGAAAGCUGAGCUGGACUCCAGGAACUGUAUCAUUUCCCAGCUUGGUGAAGAAGCAAAAAGUGCACAGCUGUCCUUUAGCAAACAACGCAAAGAGAACCUUCAACUUCAGUCUCAAAUGGUUGCCCUACGAGAAACAGCAGAGAAAGUACAGGUCCUUAAUGACCACUUAAGCCAGCAAUGCUCAGAGCUCAGCACCACACUCCAAAGUGUUGUCAUGGAGAAUGCUAAACUCAUUUCAGAUCAUCAGACUGAGCUUAAGGCAGAACAAGAAAAGACCUGCAAGCUGCAAGAGCAAGACUUGCUGCUGACUGCUGCCCAUGCCAACGUUCUCGGGGAGCUGCAGAGUGUGCAGCAUGAGAGGGCUCAACUUCAAAGAGAGCUGGAGACCUUGUGUACAGAGCAUGGCAAAUGCAGGCAGAAAGCAAGCCUUGCUGAGGAGGCAGCAGCCACACAGAGACAGCUUUUGGAAUGUACUGUUUCUAGACUGCAAGGUGAACUUGAGGCAGCUUUGCAAGAAAAAGGAUCUCUGCUGGCAGAAAAGGAAGUUCUUCAACAGGAGAUAAGGACAACAGCAGAUGAAAUAAUACAGGAAAAGAACAAAUUGCAAGUUGAAAAAACAGAGAAUGAGCUAGAAAUGGUUUCAAUGAAAUACACUGUGCAAACACUAGAGGAAGAAAACAAGAGGCUCUUGGAUCGCUUGGCCGUGCUGGUACAUGAGCAGUAUGCCCAGCAGCAGGUGCAACAGGUGCUGGCAGAGCUGACUGACAGCAAGAAUAAACUGACCUGUGACAAAGGAAAACUUCAGCAAGAUGAACGCUCAAGAAACUCUGCAUCUGAAUGUGGAGCUGGCCCUAGGGUCAGCGAGAGGAUUCUGUUAAAUACUAUAAAGAACAUGGCAGAAAAACUGGAGAAUAUAGUAGACAUUCUCACUCCAAGGUCUUUGGAAACUGAGUGGUCCAGUAAGAAUAACAAAAGAGAUGCUAAUGGGAUGGCAAACCUGCAGCACCAGCUGGAUGCAGCAAAGGAGGAUCACAGUAAGGUGACAGCCAUUCUGGAGCACGUGCUAGCUUCUCGGAACACGAUGCAAGCAGCUCUGGAUGCUGUACAAACUGAGCUGGGACACAAGGACACCGAAAUAAGCAACCUCAUAAAAGAGAAGAGCCAGACUCAAAAGAAAAUACAGAGGUUAGAAACAGAAUUGGAACAUUGCCAAGCCAAAGUGGCUGCCAUGGAAAGGCAGCACAGCAGCCAGGUGGAGCCACUUUGUAAGGCACUAGAAAGUGCUAGAACAGACAACAAGAAUCUUAUUCAUCGCUUGGAAGAAGUUCUGCAGGUCAAUAAUACCCUGCAGAGCAAACUGAUCCAAACUCAAUGUGAACUGAAAAGUAAAGAAACUGAGCAUCAGCAGCUGAUGGCCUGCAGGGAACAGUUGAUGCAAAAAACCAAGACUGAGGAAAAGCUGUAUGCUGAACACUUCAAGUCUUUGAAGAAGCAGUUUCAAAUUGAACAAGAGGCUUCCAGGAAAGCUGCCUGUCAAGCAUCUGCUGAGAAAUCCAUCGAAAAAUCCUCCUCCAAAUUGGCUGAAGUUUCCUGUGCUAACAAGGAGCUGCAGCAGAAAGUAACAGAGCUGGAAAAGUCUUUAUCCAGUUACAUGGAAAAGCUAAAAAGCCAAAGAGGACAAGUCAGACAGUGCCUGGCCUGUAAAGCUAGCACAGAAAGGGUAAAGGAGACAGAAUCUGAAAUGAAGAAAAUUGAAGCAAUAAAAGAGGAGUAUUGGAAGAAGAACUAUGAACAAGAACAGGACAUCCAGAAACUUGUGUCAGAGCUGAACAGUGUGCAGAGAGAGAUGCAAGUGCUGUUGAAGAAACAACAUGAAGUGCAAGUGCAGACCAGGCAGCUGGAGACCCAGCUGGAAGCUGAGAGAAGGCAAAGGCAGCAGCUGGAAAACAAGUGUCAGAAACUGGAAAAAACAGUCAAACAUCUGCAGAAAUAUAAAGAGGACACAGAAAAGAAACUAAAGGAAGCCAGCCUGGAGUCAGAACAGAUCACAACUAGCCUAGAAGCAGCUCAGCGUUGGUUCAAAUAUAAGUUUGACAGCCUACAGUUAGAAGCUGUGAAAAACCACCAGCCAAAAAACCUGGAAGAGAGCAGCUCCAAAAAGAAGGAGAAAAAGCAAGAAGAGCUUCCCACUCACAGCUCCCUGAACAGCAGGGCAAGGACCCAACGCCUCCCAGCUCACCACCAGGAAGGCCCACGUGAGCUGGGCAGGAAAUGAGCUCACUUGACCAGGUAAUUCCCAGCCCAGGGAGAGCAUCACCUGCCACCUGGAGACUCCCUGCUAGCACCCAGCUGCUGGAAGAAUCUUUAGGAACUUUACUUGACCUGACAGAAAAGUCUGUAUCACCAAGAAGGCCUUGCAAGGAAAAUGUGCUCACAGGACACCUGUAUAUAAAGGGCCUAGGAAUGGUUGUUUGAAUCAUAAACUCUGAUUUGAAUUAACUUGUACCUCUCACCUUGCCUUUUUGACUCAGGUGCUUUGCAUUGGGAGGCUGAUAUUAACAAAACUACUGUUCUUUAGAAACUACUAUUCCACUACUUUAUUUAUCGCUACUGUAAAUUAUAGCUGUUGAUACGCUCCGUCUUUGCUUUCAUCACUUUUCUUUUACCAGCUUUAGAGACAGCCUGGCAGGUGCUGUCACAACAACCUGCAGCUGGUUUGCAGAGGGCUCAGGUGAAUUACUGAGGAGCCAGUCAUGUGUCUGUGGCUGGACACUGACGUGACUGGGGUGGGGAGGAACUGGCAGGACUGGCUGCUGCUAAUUGUAGAUGAUAUCUGGGUUGUGAGAGAACAUAAGCCUUGGGCUACUUCAGGAGCAUCUAAGGAAUGCAUUAGGUGUGUGAUGAUAUACCAGACACCAUCUUGCCUUCGUAAGAAUUAGUGGAAUUAAUUCAGGCUAUCCUACUGUGGAACACCACACUGGGGAAAGAGUAGUUGAAGCAGGAGACUUACGUCAUUUGUUGAUGAUGAUUAUAACAUGGACGUUUUUCAUGCUUGUUCAACUAAGGAUCAGCUCAUCUUCAUUCUGGCUUACUCUUCCAUGUGGUGUCAACACAACCUAGCUUCAGUACAGGUGCUAUUUGUCUCUGAUCUGCUUCAGCAGAGCUGUUUGCAAACUCCUCUGUGAUCAAUGGUACUAUUUAUUUCUGUGGGAUCUGCUUGUGUUAUUUGCAAUACUUGUUUAGCUUAGGGGGGAGAGAAGACUUGCAUACCUCUGGAGCUUAGGAGCUGCCCAAGGACACACUGGAAUUAGUUUGUUCUGCUCCUUCAGAUAUUUGGUCCUAAACUAUAACUUGCGCAAUAGGACCCUGGUCAAAUUCACAAUGACCUUAGCCUCUACUUGAGGGAAAUGGCUGCUCUACAGAACCAAGGGGGGGCUGUGCACACUAUUACAGCUAAUGCACACCUGAGCUCCAUUAAAUCAGGCUGCUUAAAAGCAGGCCUAUGCUGGUUCCAUCAGAAGUCAGUUGGCAACACCUGCUCCAUAAAAGCUGCUUAAGUGGCUUAGCAUAAGCUGUGCCUCCACGGCCACAGUGCCCCAGGCAAACAGCAGUCAACACUGAACUCUGGUUUUGCUUGCUGUGAACCCCAUCUGUAGAGUAAUCACAGCUGAGAAACAGUUCUCUCAAACAGCACUUAUCAUUUAACACAUUUGUUUAUAUUGAAUGCUUUAGUAGGUUUCCUAACAAGGGACAAAUGAUUGUGACCUUUGCCUGCGCAAAAGGACAAAGUGUAUGGCAGCUGUGUUUGUGUGAACUGCAUGUUGGCAGGGCAACAGCACAGACCACCUCUCUCUUUUCCCUCUGUGGGAGAUUUUACCACCAUCCUGUACACCCAAGGGCUGGUUCUUCAUCCCUUCUUGUUCCAGAAUCCCCACCUCUCUCUGGGGCCAUGCAGCUGCUCUUACUUUGUAUAUUGAAACACAAAGUCCAAUUAUAUAGACAUGGCCGUUAAACUUGGCACUUAUAUUUGCAUAGUGACAGCCCAUUCUGGGUUCAACACAUGCUGUUGCUCCUUCUAAAGGGGUUCAGGGUGGAAAGCAGUUAAGAUACAGUGGAAUUGUGAAGGAUUAGUGUAUUCCAGUACCUUUUAACUUCAGCCCUACCUUAAGCUUUGGCUAUAGGCUUGGCUUUAGCAGGUGAUGCAGCUCAGUGGGUCACACGCAGAAUGAAAGAGCUGGUCCCAAUAUCCAGGAGAUGUUUUGGAUUGUUUUUCACUUCAGCUUUUCUCUACUCUGAUCCUGCUGACUGAACACUCACGAGCAACUGGAGCACUUUUGGAAGCUGCCUUCUAACUUGCUUUCAUUUUGAAAGGAAACUAGUUUGUCUGCUCAGAGCCUGCUCUGCAAUACAAACACAACAUGGUGAGUGGCAGCACACCCACUUGAAACAUCAGAAGCACACAAUAAACAAGAACUUGUUAUUUUCUUUAAACAUAGUAAUUUCAAUAAAGUUGUAGUGAUCUAACACUGCCUUCUCCUGCAGGAUCAAUAACUCAGGUUUACAUUGCCAGCCUUUCCCACGGCUUGGCAGCUGCUCAGCCUCUCUAUAGAAACAUUUGUAGUAUUUAAAAAUACAUUUUCUAAGCAGCAAAAAGGUUGGUUGUUUUUUUUCCUGUCAAGCUGUGGCCUUCAGCAAACAUGGAUAGCAAACAGCUUCCUACGCUUGUCAAUGCUGGUAUUGGGUAAGCACAACUCAAAAGGUGUGGUUCAGUUUUUGAGACAAUCAGUAGAUGCCUUUAUGAGCAGUCUUUUAGCCUCGAGUUAGUGUUUGAUAUAAAACAGCUUUUCAGCAAUAAACAGCUAACAAAAUUAUCAUGGUUAAACCAACUAUUUUGACAAUAUAUGUAGUGUGUUUGACCAAAACUGUUACUAAUUCUCUUAGUGAGGCUUGAGGAAUAUUCCUAACAUGCUGACAGAUGAGGCUGGCAUUGAUUUAAGUAUUCUUUCCCUCUUGGUCUCUUGUUCUCAGUGAUUUAUGAAAGCUUUCUCAAAAUUGUAAUGGCCAGAUUUCAAGCUUUUCCUGCCUUGCUGUUUGUUCCCACACAUUCAAGGCCAGGUGGGACAGGGCUCUGAGCAACCUCAUCUAGUUGAAGACGUCGAUGGACUAGAUGACAUUUAAAGGUUCCUUCCAACCCAAACUGUUCUAUGAUUUUACAUUUCAGUAAAAUAGUCCUUACUAAGAAGGAGAAUUAGGAAAGGUGUUGGGUUCAUCUCCCACAGUUAUAAACCAAGCUACAGCCAGGUAAGCCUAAAGAUGACCAUAGCACAUGCCAAAAUAAAUCCCAUACAGACACUUAUACCCCAAGAAAUAUCUGUGUUUCAAACUCACAGUCCCCUGUGUAUCCUCCAUCCCUCAUAUAGAGUACAAAGAUGAAAUGUGCAGUAUGUGUUCACAACUUCAUUGUUUGAAAAAGAAUUCCAAAGCAAGGGCACUUCAUUGGUAUUUAUUAGUAUUUCAAGUGAAAGUGGCUUAAAACUUGCCCAGUUCUGUACUGGAGAGUAGAGCUAUGGCUUUGUGCUAAAAGCCCGUAUCCAUUUUCUGUACGUACCUGAUGCUCUGUGCUUUGCUUUUCCUUGAGCAGGUCAGCUCACAUGGGCUGCGCCUCUUCAAACCUCUUUGUGUUGGGAAGCUCACGUUCCUACAGCGUCUGCUUUCUCUGGAGUCUUGUCUGAUCUGUUACUGCUGCACCAUUACAAUAGAACCUAUUUAUAAUAGCACGUAAAAGUGACGUCUCAGUAAAAGACUGUUUAUCUCAUCAGCGUAAAUGCAAGUUGGAUGUAGCUAAGGAAAAAUCUAUCUUCAUAUAUAGUUUUGUUCCACAAGCAUUUGAGAAAGCUUUAGAUAAUUUGCAUUAAGACAAGUAGUAUCUCUUCCUUCCAGAUGUGCAAAAUUGUUUAGAACAUCAUUUCAGAACACUGUUUGCUAGCAGUAUUAAUUUUCCAGUCCAUAAUGACUGGGUUUAAUUAAAUGCAAGUUUCUGUUAUUUGGUGCUUAAAAACAAUCUAGAAAGCAGUUUAAAAGUCAUCAACAUUCAGAUUCUAUUUUUCCUUUUUAUUUGUAUGAAUGCUAAAGAUUCAUACCUCCUAGGUUUAAAAACUAAACGAUUUCAGAAUUCUAGCAGCAGUAGGGAUCAUAUACAAAGUAAUAGUAA